AUGUUAAUGAAAUCGAAACUCGCUGCUCGUGGAGUGGACGGCGGCGAUGGAGAAGGAGGAGGUGGCGUGGUCGGAGCAGAGGUUGUUGCUGUUGACUAUCUUGAUAGGUUUUUGUGCGGGUUUGAGUUACAUGGGGAGAAAAGGCCAUGGGUGACUCAGCUAGCUGCUGUGGCUUGCCUCUCUCUUGCUGCUGAAGUUGAGGAAACUCAAGUUCCUCUACUUUUGGACCUCCAAGUGGAGGAUCCCAAGUACGUGUUUGAGCCAAAGACAAUUCAGAGAAUGGAGAUUUUGGUUCUUUCUACCCUUCAAUGGAGGAUGAACCCUGUUACUCCACUCUCAUUUCUUGAGUACAUUGCGAGAAGCCUUAAAUUCAAAGACCAUUUUCGCAAGGAGUUUCUGAGGAGAUGCGAGUGCCUUCUUGUUUCUGUGAUUUCUGACUGUAGAUUCAUGUGCCAUUUGCCUUCUGCAUUAGCUACUGCUAUAAUGGUGUAUGUCAUCAGCAGCCUCGAGCCUUGUGUUUUGUGGACUAUCAAGAUCAACUACUGGUCGGACGACAGGUUAAAGGGCCUCAAGCGUAUAGACACGCCUGUGAGUCCAGAGGAAGAAGCUAUCCACCUUGGGCAUACGAGCAGCACACUCCUUGCUGCUGGGGAAUAUGAUCCCUUUCGGUGGGACCUCGUGAGAGUCAAGCUGAAAAAAGAGAUAGUGACUCUUGGGAUGCCGUCUGUGUCGCCAAUUGAAAGAGUUGGGACGUAUGUGAGCACCAAGGAGUGGAAUGAAUUGAUCAGUGAUCCAGACACUGUCGAGCUCAUUGGAUCGGCUAAAACCGCAGGACAACAAGUUGAGGAAACGGAAAAGAAGAUGCCCCGGGUCGAAAUGUACUGUACUGGUGGAAUUCGGUGUGAGAAAGCAUCGAGCUUUCUCUUAAGCAAAGGUUUCAAAGAGCUAGAUCAUCCCUGA